AUGGCUUCUGUGAACAACAAGCUGGCAUUCUUGACCCAGGUGAGUCGUGCUGUGCAUCGCGCAACCUACCGGAUGGGCUCUAACUUUUCGCCACUCGCUGUCGCCCUUUCUUCUGUGCUCUUUGUUGUACAGGCGCCGCCACCCAAUUAUGUUGCGGGUUUGGGGCGAGGCGCAUCGGGCUUCACCACUCGUUCAGACAUUGGUCCAGCCCGUGAGGGUCCGAGCCUAGAGACGAUCAAUGCAGCCCGUGCGCGUCGUGGAGAAGAGACACUGCAGGAGGAAGACACGAAUGAAGACCAAGAUCCAGAGAAUGAGACUGGUCUAUUUGCAGGGACGGUGUAUGAACGCGAUGAUGAGGAAGCCGAUAGUAUUUGGGCCAACAUCGAUGAUAAGAUGGAUGCCAGGAGAAGGAAGCAAAGAGAGGCAAGAGAAAAGGCAGAGCUGGAAAAGCUGCGUGUAGAAAGACCAAAGAUUCAGGCUCAAUUUGCGGAUCUCAAGCGCAACUUGUCAACAAUGAGCGACGAUGACUGGAGCGCUUUGCCAGAAGCCGGUAAUCUGACUGGAAAGAGGAGGAAGGCGGCGGCUGCUCGAGCUGGAAACGACAAGACGUACAACGUACCGGACAGCGUGCUGCUCAUGAAUAGGGACCGCAACAUGACCGAACAGGCGCUUAGCGAAGAACAAAUGAAUAGCAAUGGCACAUCAUCCACUCUUAAUGGCGCCAUGACGAGCUUGACAGAGAUUGGAGAGGCGAGGAACAAGAUCUUCUCCCACAACUUGGAUCAGGCAGGUUCGAGCAGUCGCACGUCCGAUGGCACCCAAUCGACACUAGGCACCGCUUCUUCCAUCGAUACGCAAGGAUACUUGACAGGUCUGGCGGGCACGGAGAUCAAAAGUAGCGCUGAAAUUGGAGAUAUCAAGAAAGCCAGGGCGUUGCUGGAUAGCGUUAUAAAAACGAACCCAAAACACGCUCCUGGGUGGAUCGCAGCUGCAAGACUGGAAGAAGUGGCCGGCAAGAUGGCAACAGCAAGAAAAGUCAUCGCGCAAGGAUGUGAACAGUGCAAGUUGUCGGAAGAUGUAUGGCUGGAAUCUGCUAGGCUGAACACGCGCGACAAUGCCAAAGUCAUCCUGGCAAAGUCAAUCGCAGCUGGACUCACGACAUCUGUCAAGAUCUGGCUGAAAGCUACGGAGCUCGAAACAGAUUCCAACAGCAAAAAACGAGUCUUGAGAAAGAGCUUGGAAUAUGUCCCCAAUUCUAUCAAAUUGUGGAAGGAGCUCGUCAACUUGGAAGAGUCUCACGAGGAUGCAAGGAUUCUGCUCAGCGGUGCAGUCAGUGCGGUCCCUGGAUCUGUAGAUCUAUGGCUUGCUUUCGCUCGCCUCUCGUCUCCAGAGGAAGCACAAAAGGUGCUCAACGAGGCUCGCAAGGCGCUACCAAGUAGUCACGAGAUCUGGAUAGCUGCUGCAAGGCUGAUAGAGCAGACAAAUGCCGAUCAAGGCAAGCCUGUCGAUGAAACGCAGAUUUUGCUGGACAGAACUCUUUCGACGGCUGUCAAGCGCUUGCAGAAGGCUGGAGCUGUCUUGUCGAGAGAUCAGUGGCUCAAAGAAGCUGAGAGAGUCGAGCGGGAAGGUAGCCCAAUGAGUUGUGCAGCUAUCGUCAAGGCCACGAUCACCAUCGACGUGGAAGAGGAAGAUCGACGUACAGUUUGGGUGGAGGAUGCUCAGGCCUGCUUGGAACAUGGCAACGUCGAGACCGCCCGCGCUAUUCUUGCAUUUACGCUGCGUGAGUAUCCAGAUCGACAGAGCAUCUGGAGGAUUGCGGUGGACGUGGAGCGCAAAUACGGCACGACGGACUCGCUGGAAGCAAUCUUGGAGAGGGCAGUCACCAUGUGUCCCAAAGCCGAGACGCUGUGGCUCAUCUACGCCAAGGAGAAGUGGCAAGGGCAAAAAGAUGUGGCUGGCGCAAGGCAGGUGCUCAUUCGCGCUUUCGAGAAGAACCUGGGCUCUGAGGAGAUUUCUCUAGCUGCUGCGAAGCUGGAAGCUGAAAAUGGCCAGAAACAGGCAGCGGCUAUGCUCUUGCAGCGUGCGAGGCAAGAGGUGAACAGUCAGAGGGUCUGGCUCAAGAGCGCAGUAUUUGCACGAGAAGAGGGACAGCUUGCAGAAUCGUUGGAUCUGGUCAAGCAAGCGAUCAAGGUGUUUCCUUCCUUCUGGAAAUUGCACCUCAUGCAUGCUCAGCUGGUCGAAGCUACCACACCACCUGGAUCUGAUAAUGCCCAUCUCAGAGCUGCAAGGGAAGCUCUCUCCGCAGGUUUGCGAGCCUGUCCAUCCAGCACUCCGCUUUGGAUCAAUGCGAGUCGAUUAGAGGAACGUGCUGGUCUCUCCAUUCGGGCUCGCGCGCUGCUAGAAAAGGCGCGCCUGUCGAAGGCAGAGGACAAAGUGUCUAUUUGGGUGGAAGCUGCGCGAGUGGAGGAAAGAAGCGGCAAUGCGCCUCAAGCGAAAGCUUUGAUAGCGAGAGGACUGCAAGAAUACCCCAAUGCCGCUGCUUUGUGGUCGGCGGACAUCUGGCUGGAAUCGCGAGCAGCUCGCAGAACACGUAGCGCGGACGCUCUCAACAAGACGGAUCAAGAUGCUCAGAUCCUUUGCACCAUCGCGCGAAUGAUGUGGAACGAUAGAAAGUACGAGCAGGCUAGAAAAUGGUUUGAAAGGUGUACAAAGGCAAAUCCUGACUGGGGAGAUGGAUGGGCUUGGUGGUACAAGUUCGAAACGGCACAGGGAACGGAAGAGAGCAGGUUGGCAGUAAGGGAAAGGUGCAAGAAGGCUGAACCUAGACAUGGCGAGCAAUGGCAACAGCAGAACAAGGACCACGAGUUCCCCCACAGACCUACCGCCGAGGUCUUGGAAGCUACAGCAAACAUUCUUGUCAUCACCACCUGA